CAAUGAAAAUGAAAAUUUUCAGAGAAUGUCUCACUUUUUUCAAUCUCAAACAAAUAAUAAAUGUUUAUAAUGGCAGCAUUGUGUAAUUAAAAUCAGCAUCAAGCCGUUUUUCUUUUUAGUGAAUUAAAGUGUAACCAAAAAAGAUUUGUUAAAUUAGUGUAAACUCGAAAGUGUGUUUAGUUUUACGAGAAGAAUGAACUGUUGUGUUCUACACUGCACUGAGCAAUUCUAUCCAAACUUGAAUUUUUCCCGGUUUCCAAAAGAUCCGCCGAUACGUUGGUAUUUAUCCCACAGGGCCAAAAUGAUGCGAAGGAUGAUUCGGAAGGAAGAAUAAGAAGCCAGUUGUCAGGUCUUGUCUUAGAUCAUAAUCUGUAAAAAUAUGUGAAAAACAUUUUGAAAAUUUGCUCUUAUUUUGAAAUGUUCCUUAAAAUCUCGAAAUCCGUUUGAUAACAUCUGCAUUGUGUGGCACAUAAUCUGUGUGACAAAAUAGGCACAAAAAUCUGUGGUUUUACAGAAUAAUCUGUGAAUUUGUUGUCUGACCACCAGUGUUAAUUCUACAUCGUGACUGGAAUGGAAAUUGUAAUAAAUACAUGACUGUUAAAAGAUGUUCUAAAAACAUUUAAAUAACAUAAUUCGCAAAUCUAUUCAAUGAGUGUUCGCAAAUUGCUCUCUGACGCAGUUACAAGAAAUGGGUGCUUUCGCUGUAUAUCAUGAAAAACAAGUUAAAGAACUAUGCGCACUUCAUGCUCUUAAUAAUCUAUUUCAAGAUAGAGAAUGCUAUAAUAAAAUGCAGCUCGAUGAAAUAUGCCGAGGUUUAGCCCCAGACGACUACAUAAAUCCUCACAAAUCGAUUCUCGGACUUGGAAAUUACGACAUAAACGUCAUCAUUUCAGCACUACACAUGAAAGAUUGUGAAGCUAUAUGGUUUGAUAAACGAAAAGACCCUUCGUGCAUCGACACCUCGAGAAUAGUUGGAUUUAUAUUAAAUGUACCAUCAAACUAUAAAGUAGGAUUUGUUCGAUUGCCAAUUCAAAGAAGGCACUGGAUAAGCAUAAAAAAAAUAAAUGGUGAAUACUGGAACUUAGAUUCCAAGCUUGACACUCCACUACUAAUCGGCAAUGAAAUUCAAACAAUGGAAUAUAUGCGCAAUCAACUGCAGAGCAACGAGAACCAACUUUUUAUUGUUUGCACAAAAGAGGUGGAGAAAGAUCAAUUAUGGUUACUUCCUGAAUUUCGACGAGUACGUGUUCUUUAGAUUAGUUGAUGCAAUACAUAUAAAUUUUGAUUGGUCAACUCACAGCAUUCAUAUUUAAUAAAACGUGAAAAAUUACAAGAUAUCGACAAAACAAAUCAAAGACCAUUGUAGGCUUUUAUUUUAUUUUGACGUGAAUACGUCUUUCUUUGCUACGGACAGUGGCGUACCGAGGAAAUUUGACACCCGGGGCAAAAUAAGAGAUAUGCCGCCCCCAUCGGUGGUUCAGUGAGCAAAGAAUAAACAAUGCUGAACUCCAUUUCCGGAAAGAUGCCUUGGGCGACCAAAAAAAAAGGUCCGGGACGAAUGCCAAUUAAUGUCAAUGGGAAGCCUGGAUUAAUUACACAAUACAACCGAUUCAACUAUAAAUACACAUCGAAAGCAAAA